GACAAUCUUUUUACACUCUACAGUUACACCCCACUCCCCCCCACCCCCCCAAAUUUCUCUUCCUCUUCCCCAAAUCAUCCAUCAUUUUCUCCGUCUCCAUUUCAGAUCAAAACCCCAAAGCCCCAAAAUCCCAAAAAAUCCACCAAAAAAUGGAACAUCAUACAACUACAAGCAGAGCAGAAGCAGAGAGACUGUUAGGAGUUGCAGAAAAGCUCUUAAGAGAAAAAGAAUUUGCCCCUUGUAAAGAUUUUGCCCUUCUUGCUCAAGAAACUGAGCCUUUACUUGAAGGACCUGACCAGAUCUUAGCAAUUGCUGAAGUUCUUUUAGCUUCUGUAAAACGAAUCAACAAUCACCAUGAUUGGUACUCUAUUCUUCAAAUCCAAGGUCGUACUGAAGAUUCAGAGCUUAUCAAGAAACAGUAUCGUCGUCUUGCUCUUCUUCUUCAUCCUGAUAAAAACAAAUACCCAUCUUCAGAUACUGCUUUUGGCCUUGUUGCUGAUGCCUGGGCUGUUCUUUCAGAUCCAUCAAAAAAGGGUCUUUAUGAUAAUGAACUUUCGCUUUUUACUAGAGUUAAAUUGACUCCUGCUGGUGGACGAGGAAGACCUAGAGGGAGUUAUAAUAAGCAGAAGAAAGGAGAUGCUAAGUUACCCGUGAGGAGGAGUAGUCGGGCGAGUAAUUCGGGUUCGGGUCAAAAUCAGAACCCGAAUCCCAGUCCGGUGAGUCAGAGGAGUUAUCAUAGUGCGCCGCCGAAGGCUACGGCGCCGACGCCGAUGAGUGGUGCGAUGAGAGGGCAAAGGGUUGUGAAUUUGUGGACGGCGUGUCCGUAUUGUUACAAUUUGUAUGAGUAUCCUAGGGUUUAUGAAGGGUGUUGUUUAAGGUGUGAUAAAUGUAAAAGGGCUUUUACUGCUACGGAGAUUUUGUCAAUGCCACCAAUGGUGCCAGGGAGAGAAGCUUAUUAUUGCAUUUGGGGAUUUUUCCCAAUGGGUUUUGUGAAUGGGAAUUUGGAGGAUUUGGGAACUGGGAAAGGAGCUGCUGCUGCUGCUGCAACUACUGGUGCAUUUCCAACUUGGAUGCCACCGAUGUUUUCGUCUGAAGGGAAUGUGAAUGUUGCGAAUAAUCAACAAAAUGCUACUCCAAUUCCAGCUACGGUUCAGGUUCCGAAUCCAGCUCAGGCCCCAGCGCGGCCUCAGGCUCCUCCUGCUGCUGCUGCUCCAAGACCAAUGUCGACAGGACCUAAGAAAAGAGGUAGGCCUAGGAAGUAUAACUAAAAAAGGUUUUAUUUUUAUGGUUUCUAUAAUGGAUUGUCUCGAGUCUAUGGAGAUUAAUGUUUAGUUUGAUCAAGUCGACUGGAAUUGAAUUGAUCGAAUGCUGUAGUAAGUUGAGUAGUGAGCAAAAGUAGUUGCUUUUCUUUACUCAUCAUAUGAAGAAGUAUAUAACUGCAGAACUGUGCUGCUUCUCAUUGUAGAAAUUUCUCGUAGCUUCUUCUUGUUAGAUGCAUUGUGUUUGUAGAAAUUUCUCUUGUUGUUGGUAGAUUUCUGGGGUUUGUAGGUACUAUAUUUAUUCAAUUUUCAAGACUCGUAGUCGUAGACUCGUUUUGUAAUUGAAUGAUCUUU